AUGCGGUUGCUGAUCCUGCUUGGGCUGCUUGGCUUGAGCUGGGCAGCCGUCUGGAAAACUGAGCUCGUCUAUCAAAAAUCGAAAAUGAGGAGAAUGAUCGCCGAGGGAACCUGGGCCGCUCAUUUGCAAAAGAAACAUGCUGUCAAGGCCGAGGCGCUCAAAGCUAACCCGCAUUUUCUUGGAUCAUAUCCGCAAAAGGUCUACGAUUAUGAGGACGAGGAGUACUUGGGAAAUGUGACCAUCGGAACGCCUGAACAAUCACUUGGUUUUGAUUGCGCUUUUGAAUGCGAGGAUGCUUUUUGUUGUGAUUAUGUCUCGCAAAAGUAUAAGAAUCUAAAAUGGUUGAACUACACCCGGCAACCAGAAGUCCUGAAGACGGCUUGCGAUGGGAAAGCUCGCUACGAUUACACGAAAUCGUCGACCUUUGUGCGUGGAUUUGGUGAUGGUUUUGAUAUCUAUUAUGGAACUGGGUCAGCUUAUGGUUUCCUCGGAGUCGACACUGUGAGAUUUGGCGAAGUUGGAUCCAAUCAAUUAGUGGUUCCCAAGACGACCUUUGGAAUGGCGAUUCAUCUUGCCGAUUUCUUUGCUGAGGAUCCGAUUGACGGAAUUCUUGGCCUAGCGUUCACCUCGCUUUCCGUCAGUGGAUCCACUCCGGUCUUCAUCAAUGCCGUCAAACAAGGACUCGUCGAUGCACCUCUUUUCACUGUCUAUCUCGGCAUGGUCGGUUUCCAAGACGGCGUCUUUGGCGGUGUCUACACUUGGGGUGGAAUCGAUCAAGACAAUUGUGGAGACAUCUUGGCUUAUGUGCCUCUGCAAUCGGCUACCUAUUUCCAAUAUCAGAUGACUGAUGUUUCCUCUGGCACUUACACAUUCACCCCUCGUUUCAAAUGGAGUGUCAUCUCUGACACGGGCACAUCGUUCAUUGGCGGUCCACAGAAGCAAGUUUUUGCCAUUGCGGAUGAGAUGGGAGCCUCGUAUGACCGCAAGAAUGAGGUCUUUGAAAUCCCGUGCAAUGCCACAAUUCCCGACAUUGUCUUCACGAUUGGCGGUAACAAAUACCCGGUCACCCAGAAGAAUCUCAUCGUCACCGCCGGUGAUGAUGUUGACUUUUGUUAUUUAGCCAUCUUUCCAUUUGGUGGUGAUGAUAUCGACUGGAUUCUCGGUGAUCCAUUCAUCCGCGAGUACUGCCACAUCUUUGACAUUGGUCAAAAAAGAAUCGGAUUGAUGACCGUAAAGAAGAAA